UCCUCUUUCACAUGGAAGCUGAUGAAGAACCAGGGCUCAAAAACCAGACAUACUUCACCUUGCAGGGGUUCUCCUACCUUGCCUCUCUUCAGAUUCUUCUCUUUGAGGGAAUCCUCAUCAUGUUCCUAAUCACAGUGACAGGGAACUUUCUCAUCAUUUUAGUUGCAACUGCUGAUUCUGCCUUGCACACCCCAAUGUACUUUUUUCUCAAAAACCUGGCUUUGAUUGAAAUUUGCUUUACAUUAAACAUAGUGCCCAAGAUGCUUAUGGAUUUGUUGUUGGAGAGAAAGAUCAUCUCCUUUUCUGCCUGUGCCCUGCAACUUUACUUCGUUAUAUUCUUUGUCACCUCCAAGUGUUUCCUCCUGAGUGCCAUGGCAUAUGACACAUACGUGGCUAUAUGCUGUCUCUUGCACUACACCACCAGAAUGAACAGGCGAGUGUGUUUUCGUAUGGUCGUAGCAUGCUGGGUUGCUGGUAUUCCAUUUUCCAUAGGACUCACUGGCUGGCUAUUUAACUAUUGCUUUUGUGGCUUUAAGGAGAUUGAGCACUUCUUUUGUGAUAUUGCUCCUGUUAUAGAUUUGGUUUGUUCAGACACAUGCUUGUUUGACCUUAUUGUGUUCAUCGCUACUGUUAUAAUUGUUUUGAUCCCAUUUAUCUUGAUAGCAGCCUCUUACAUCCAGAUAAUCCAUACCAUCCUCCAAAUGCCAUCUUCUGAAGGAAGACGCAAAGCUUUCUUCACCUGCUUUGCUCACCUGGUGGUGGUGACACUGUUCUACUGCACAACUGGCUUGAUACAUUUAAAUCCAACGUCCAGAUUCUUGGUUAAGAGCAGGAAACUGGUGGCUCUUUCUUAUACAGUAGUAACUCCUAUGCUGAACCCAAUCAUCUACAGCUUACGAAACAAAGAAGUAAAGCAUGCUCUAAGGAAGACAUUUGGAAGGAGGCAGUUCAGCAAGAUGCAUCUGCCGAGAGGGUUUCACUUAUUUUCUAAAAGUUGCUCACACUUUAAAGGUUAAAACAGGAGAAUGAAUGCUUUCCUCAAAGUCUGCAAAAAGCUUGGACAUUUUACCUCUAACUGGAGAAUACUGAGAAAUGUAUGUCAUCUGUGUACUGAGUAAAUGUUUCAUGAAACUGUCCAAAAUAUUACAGAGACUACAGAAAUGAGCAACAAAGUCAGUAUAUUAAUUACGAUAUGUUUAAGCUUUUGUCUUUUUUUCUACAC